UUCGGCCGGGAUCAAUGCAGGGAGUGGCCGGGAAGUGUUUCGAGCUUGUGUGGAGAGCCAUGGUGGGAGCUUUGGAGUCGCCAGCAGCUAUCAGUCUUGCGACGUUUGGGGGAGUGAAGAGGCCUCAGUUGCCGAUCAAUUUUUUCAAGUUUCCUGCCGCCACGCGCCUCAAGGCUGUGCAACAGUACAUAGGCUGCUUUGAGUACCGGAUAGCGCUUCAGCCACACUACAAUGUUAAUAAGUACAGGCCACUGGCAAAACUUAUGGACACUGCACAGAUGAUGAUUCACAGUCCUCAGGCAAUUAAAUGCGUUGAAGGUGUGAUUCUGGCAAUUUAUCUCACCGCCGGACUCCAAGGCGUGGAACGAAUUCCCGUGGGUUUUGAGACUGAGCAAGACACGAAGAUCCAUCAGCACAUCAUUCUAGUGGUGCGCAAUGGAAAGAAGUUUGGUGCGUUUGGGAUGAGCCGCGAGGCCGACUUGGCAGGAAGAGAGUUUGAGUUUGAUAGCUUCUCAAGUAUUGUUUCUGAUUACAAACGAGCCUACGAAGGCCAUCGCCACACCAUCCAGAAGCUAUGGGUUGGACUGCCGGUGGAACUCAAUGUCGAGUCUUAUAACUACGUUUGCUGGCGGUACUUGACACUCACGCCAAACUCGCAACCAUGGAUAGAGUGCUGUGCCGAAAUGGACAAACACUUCUCCCAAUCGAAAAAACUCUGGGAAAGAUGGCUGCUCGAGGGACAGGGAGAAAUCCCAAAGAACCAAAGCAUCUAUAACAACGCCAAGAAACUGGAUAUAAACGCUGUUCCCAGAGCUGCAGGCGCGAUCUUGAGGAUUCCAAGGCCGCCUUCACGCUCGACGAUCUUACCAUCGAUCGUGAACCUCAACACUCCUGUGCCAUCGCGAGUGGGUUUUCAUGAGAUCCCGUCCAUCAGAUAUUUCCACGACUAACUUUUAAUGGGAGUUCUUUUAUUCUACCUUUAACUUAA